AUGGUCGUACCGAAACGCUAUGUGAGAGUUUCAGUCGUGCUCUUGCUGCUUCUGGGAGUGAUUUGGCUGCUAGACUUUUUUCUGGGAAAACAACAUGCUUUACUUAUUUCCAACUCUUCUGAAAAGUUCAUGAUGUCUAUCACUUUGGAAGAUCCCGCAGAUUACGAUCCGGUCAAGGUAAGGCAAGCAUUGAGGUCACUCCCGCCAGAUCGCAAUCUAGUGGUCUCCGUUGGUGUUAUAACGUGCUUUUAUGUUGGGACCUUUUGGGAAUACUGUCCGGGAUUUUACAAGUACAAGGAAGGGGAGCCCAAUAAAGCAUUAGCUGAUAAAACCGAUCUCAAAAUCAUCAAAAAGGAUCUUAAGCGUACAAGAAGCCUUCGGCUCGUGGGCGCUUCUCACUAUUUCAUGUACGAAACAGUUUCUGUUUCCAAAGCAAUUGAACAUUUCCCUGACUCAUCAGAGACUUUAUUUGCUCUUUGUGACUUUAACAACUUGGAUAUGAAAGUUGCGGACGGAACUGUGCUUCCUUCAAACAUGUUCUAUUUUUCCAUGGUAGCCGAGCAAAGCAUACAAGAUUGGAAAUUUGUCUGUGAUGUGGACAUAUUUUUUGGUCCUGGUGCGGUAGAUCCUAGAUCAGGUUGGAGUCUAUCAGCUGAUGUUGCUUUGAAGAUAGGUCCCACCACCAAACAUAUCUCGCUCAAGAGGCCAAUCGCCAUUGGGGAGCCCAGUGACAGCCCUCGUCUUCACGUUGGUCCUCGAAAUACUUUCAAGAUAGUCCAGCUAGCCGAUCUUCAUUUCAGUGUGGGGAAUGGGCAUUGUCGCGAUGAAUUUCCCCAGCAUGAAGAGUGUCAAGCUGAUCCGAAAACUUUGACAUUUAUAGAGCAGGUGUUGGACUCUGAGAAGCCGCAACUGGUGGUGUUCACUGGAGAUCAAAUAAUGGGGCAGGAAUGUUAUUUGGAUUCCGCUUCGGCUUUGCUUAAGGUCGUAAAGCCAGUCAUAGAUCGGAAAAUACCGUACGCUAUGGUUUGGGGCAAUCACGAUGACGAAGGAAGCCUAAAUAGAUGGCAGCUUUCAGAACUAGCACGAUCAUUGCCUCACUCCAUUUUUCAGAUUGGCGACAAGGAUACGAACGAUAACACGUUCGGAGUGGGCAAUUACGCCCAUCAUAUUUACGACCAAAACGAGAAUCCCGUGUCCGCCCUGUAUUUCCUAGAUGCGCAUAAAUACUCUCCCAAUGCGAAAGCAUAUCCUGGAUAUGAUUGGAUCAAAGAAAAGCAGUGGGAUUACUUCAAUCGUUACGAAGACAAUUUUCCUGAGCAAACAAAGUCGCUAUCUAUGGCAUUCUUUCACAUUCCAUUACCAGAGUAUUUAAACUUCCAGUCAAAACAUGCUCCAGACUCCCAAAACCCUAUGGUUGGCAACGCCAAGGAAGGUAUAACGGCUCCGAAAUACAACUCUCAAGGUUUGAAAACCUUGUCACGGUUGGGCGUUAAAGUCGUCACUACAGGGCACGAUCACUGUAACGAUUUCUGUUUGCUUGAUGAUUCGUUAUCGCCUGCUAAUGAGGACAAGAUUUGGUUGUGUUUUGGCGGUGCUGCAGGAGAAGGAGGCUAUGCUGGAUACGGGGGUACGGAACGCAGAAUCAGAAUCUUCGAACUAGAUUAUACGGCUAAUACAAUCAUGACUUGGAAAGUAUUGAACAGUUCACCCACUGUUCCCUUUGACCGGCAAACACUUGUCAGCGAUGGCAUUCCAAAAACUGAUUCACUUGCAUGA